UCCUUUGCCCUUUUCAUGGCACUUUUUGUCAUCAUUCCACAUGGUGCAAUUCCUGUUUAUGCCUCCACACUAGAAGCACAAGCCCUUCUCAAAUGGAAAUCCAGCCUUCUAAAUCAAAACCUAUCCACCUCUUCUCUAUCUCCAUGGACUCUUGCUCCUCAAAAUGCUACCGGCUCCAAUGCAACAGUGUCAAGCCCGUGCGGUUGGCACGGCAUCUCGUGUAACCCAGCCAAAAGCGUGAUUGGAAUCAAUCUCACCAAUUCGAACAUUAAAGGUACACUCGAUGAGUUCCCAUUCUCGUCUUUGCCAUAUCUAACCUAUAUAGACAUGUACAUAAACGAACUCUUCGGUGGUAUUCCGCCUCAAGUCGGUCUUUUGACCAAUCUCACUUACCUUGAUCUCUCCUUUAAUCAAUUAUCUGGGAAAAUACCACGGGAGAUUGGCAAUCUCAUGAAGCUUGAGGUGUUACACCUGCUCUCUAACGAGUUGAAUGGCUCUAUCCCUGAUGAAAUAGGUCAGUUGCGUUUGUUGAACGAGCUUGCCUUGUACUCAAACCAAUUGAAUGGAUAUCUUCCUUCUUCCUUGGGCAACUUGAGUAGCCUCGCUAGACUUUACAUCUAUAACAAUUCAUUUUCAGGUCCCAUUCCUAUUGAAAUGGGGAAUUUGACAAACUUGGAGGAGAUUUACAUGGAUACCAACUUCCUAACAGGGCCAAUUCCUCCCACAUUCGAGAAAUUGACGAAACUAACCCAACUCCAUGUAUAUGAUAAUGAACUAAUUGGUUCUAUCCCACCGGAGCUGGGAAACUUGAAACUUCUUCGUCGACUCGCCCUACACUACAAUAAUCUUACCGGUUCAAUUCCCUCGACAUUAGGCAAUUUGACAGAGCUUACCCUUCUUUAUCUGUAUGGCAACAUGCUUUCUGAUGACAUUCCUGAUGAGUUGGGAAACCUUCGAGCUAUGAUCGAUUUGGAGCUGAGUAUGAAUCAGCUCAGUGGCCCUUUUCCUUCUUCUCUAGGCAACAUGACUAAACUGAAAUAUUUAUUCCUCCGCGAGAACCAACUUUCUGGAUCCAUUCCUAGAUUCCUGGGGGAUUUGAUGAGCUUGGUGGUGCUACAAUUAGAUACGAACCAAUUCACUGGCUUCAUACCAGAUAACUUGUGCCGAGGUGGAUCACUUCGCAAUCUCACCUUGGGUGGCAACAACCUCACAGGUUUCAUUCCCAAAAGCUUGAGAAAUUGCACAAGCUUACUCAGGGUACGCCUCGAGGAGAAUCAACUCACUGGAAACAUAUCCGACAGUUUUGGCAUCUACCCGAACUUGGACUUUAUAGAUUUAAGUUUCAACAAGUUCUAUGGAGAAAUCUCGGCCAACUGGGGAAGUUGUCAGCGUCUGCGGACUCUACGAAUUGCUGGGAACAACAUCACUGGUAGCUUGCCUCCUGAGAUCGGAAACGCAACUGAACUACAAGGACUCGAUCUUUCUUCCAAUGGUUUAGUUGGCGAGAUUCCAAAGGAACUCGGGAAAUUGACCUAUUUGGUGAGGUUGAACUUGAGCAGGAAUCAACUUUCUGGCAGUAUAAGUCCGAAGAUCGCAUCCCUAUCUGGUCUUCAAAUGAUGGAUUUGUCCAGGAAUAGAUUAAGCAUGUCUAUCCCAGAGAGUAUCGGGCAGUUGGCAGACUUAGUCCUCUUGGAUUUGAGCAACAACCGAUUAAGCCAAGAAAUUCCUAGCCAGAUCGGGAUGCUGACUCACUUAUCCAAGCUAGACUUGAACAAUAAUUCAUUGAUCGGUGAGAUUCCUGCACAAUUCAGCAAUCUGCAAAGUCUAGUGAAACUUGACCUCUCACACAACAAUCUUUCGGGCCCUAUAUACGCAAUUUUUGAGGAUAUGCCAGGUUUGGCCACGGUUGACAUAUCCUACAAUGAGUUUCAGGGUCCGGUUCCAAACACCACGGCGUUCCAAGAUGCUCCAACAGAAGCAUUACAAGGCAACGCUGGAUUAUGUGGAAAUGUUGAUGGACUUCAGCCUUGUAGUCAAUCGGAGCCGCAGAAGAAAAAAUCCAACACUGUUAAGAAAGUGUUUCUCAUUGUCUUCCUCAUACUUGGAGCAUUUCUCCUGCUUUCUUUCGUCGGAGUAUACUACAUUUUGCAUAGAAGAAAGGACCGCCGACAAGUGGAGCAAGCACAGGAGAGAGAGAAUAUGUUUUCUAUAUCUACUUACGAUGGAAGGAUAUCGCACGAGGAAAUCAUUGCGGCGACUGAGGAUUUUAACGAGAGAUACUGCAUUGGAUGUGGAGGAUAUGGAAGGGUCUAUAGAGCAAAGCUAAGAUCAGGCGAUGUGGUGGCUGUGAAGAAGCUUCAUCAGAUGUCUGAUAGCGGGCAAACGAAUCAGAAGGAGUUUCAGAAUGAGAUAAGGGCAUUGACAGAAAUACGACACCGUAACAUCGUGAGACUCCGUGGCUUCUGCUCACAUCCCCAACACUCGUUCUUGGUGUAUGAGUAUCUGGAAAGAGGAAACCUGUCUGCAACCCUGAGCGAUGACGGAGAAGCAAAAGAGUUGGGUUGGGAUAGGAGGGCAAAUAUUGUGAGAGGCAUAGCUCAUGCUCUGUCCUACAUGCACCAUGACUGUGUGCCUCCCAUUGUUCACCGAGACAUAUCAAGCAACAACAUCUUGCUUGAUUCUGAGUAUGAGGCCCAUGUUUCUGACUUCGGCACAGCCAAGCUUCUCAAGCUGGACACGUCGAAUUGGAGCACUGUUGCUGGGACAUAUGGAUAUAUUGCACCAGAGCUUGCCUACACGAUGAGAGUGACUGAGAAAUGCGACGUGUACAGCUUUGGGGUCAUGGCAAUACAGGUGUUCCAUGGAAAACAUCCAGGCGAAACCAUCUCAUCCCUAUUAGCUGAAUCGGAUAAGGAGAUUGUGACAGUCCUGAAAGAUAUGCUGGAUCCACGCCUACCAGCUCCAAUGCCAAGCACUGAGGAUGAACUUCUAGUCAUCUUCAAGCUCGCAAUUGCUUGUUUAUCCACCAAUCCGCAACUCAGGCCAUCCAUGAAGAUGGUUUCUCAGGUGUUAUCGGCUCAUCCGGCCGCUCACUAGUGUGGCCAUUGUCCAGAGGUGGAGACAACCCAGUAAUAUGAAAUUGCAAGAGGAACUAUAGCUUCUAGCAAAUGAAUAAAUAUCUCCAGUGGUACUUUCUAUAUUCGUAGAUGAGUGUAUUAUGAUAAAGUGAGCUUAUAUUCAUGACAAGCAAAGAUUCAGAAGCCACAAGAGGACGCUUUGGUUGUGGCAACGAUUAUUACAUUACUCCUCUUUGACGCAUUACAA